GUGAGUGGGCGAGUCCUUGAUGGAGGGGGUCUCGGCGGUGUCGCGGGGGAAAUGUUGGGACAGUACGGCUCCAAUGGCGAAGUCAGAGGUAUCAGUGUUGACAUAGAAAUGGAGAGUGGGGUCGGCGAUCUUGAGAACAGGGGCCGUGGUGAUGGUUUGCUUGAGGAAGUCGAAAGCGUGUUGGCGGCGAUCGUUCCAAUUGAAGGAUUCGUCCUUGCGAGUGAGUUCGUGGAGAGGGUAAGAGAUCUGGGAAAAGUUGCGAAUGAACGGGCGGUAAUAGUUGGCAAGGCCAAGGAAGGAACGGAGUUGGAGGAGGGGCUUGGGCGGGGGGUACUCGACGAGGGCUGUGACCUUCGAGGGGUCCAUACGGAUGCCUUCAGCGGAGACAAUGUGGCCAAGGUAUUCGACGCUCGAAGCGGCAAACGUACAUUUGCUAAGUUUGGCGUAGAAUUUUUGCUCUCGGAGGAUCAAGAGGACUUGGCGAAUGUGCUGAAGGUGGAACUCAACGGCAGGGCUAAAGAUGAGGAUGUCAUCAAGGUACGCGACGACACAGACUUCGAGGAGGUCACGGAAGAUGUGGUUCAUGGUGGACUGGAAUGUGGCGGGGGCAUUGGCGAGUCCGAAACACAUUACGAGGAACUCAUAGUGCCCGAACUGAGAGCGGAAUGCGGUCUUGUGGGUGUCCUCCUCACGGAUACGGAUCUGGUGGAAGCCAUUGCGGAGGUCGAUCUUGGUGAAAUAUUUGGCUCCACGGAGGCGAUCAAGAAGUUCAAAUAUCCGGGGGAGUGGGUACUUGUUCUUGAUCGUGAUCCAGUUCAAGGCACGGUAGUCUGUGCACAUCGUGAUCCGGUGUCGUUCUUCCUGACGAAUAGACAACUGGUUCCGAAGGGGGAGGAUCUAGGCUUAAUGAAUCCUUUUUCAAGGAGUUCAUUGAGUUGGCGCUUCAUUUCCUCGGCCUCGGGGAUGGAGAGUUGGUACGGAGGGCGGCAAGGAGGAGAAUGGCCAGGCUCGAGAUCAAUGGUGUGGGAUACACCUCGAUCGGGAGGUAAAUCGGCGGGCAAGGACUCGGGGAAGACGUCCUUGAAUUAAGAGAGGAGAGCGGUGAUGUGAGGAUCAGAAGGGGGGUCUUGGUCGGGUUUGUCCGUUGGAAGCAAGUCCUCGGGACGCUCGUGGUCGAUAACAAGACAAUGUAAGCGGAGUCGGGGUGUU